GUUCGACCGGAAGCUGCUUUUCUUGUUUACAUUCUCCGGGGCUCUGCGAGCUAUCUGGCGAAGGGAACCGCUACGGCUUUUCCAAAACAAUGUCUGACAGUUGAUUAAAAUCGUGGAUUUAUUGCAGUUUUCUGCUCUAUUUCCUCUGUGUUGUUUUGGGGGUCAUGGCUUCCCCUCGCUGGUGCUGCCUCGGGGUGUCGUUACCGCUCCUGCUACUGCUGCUGCUGCGGUGGCCGGGGCUGCUGGCGGUGGCGGAGCAGGUUGCUCUGGUAGAGGUUUUCUUGGAACAGCGGCCAGGUGCGAGCGACCUGCUCCAGGGGGAGGUGGUUGAGUCCAGCCUGGGCGGUGGGAGCUCCGAGCAGCGGGACGAGGAGCGAGAAGAGUUGGAGGGAGACCUGGUCCUGGUUAGAGAUGAGGUGACACCAGUGGACGAAGGAAAAGAUGAGGCUGACAUCAAAAAGCAGGAGCCGUGGAUCGGGGUUGUGCCCGUGGAGAUAGACGAAAGCAAAGCCUCGACUGGGAACCAGGAGUCCUUUGCUGAUGCUGUGGUAAAUAAAAUGAAGCGAGCAUUGGUCCUUGGAGCGUCGGCGCUGAUUAUUCUGGCUCUCAACCAAAACACCGUCAGUGAGAUGGAUUUAUCCCAGGUGCUGUCCAAGCCCAUCAUUGUGAUCCAGACAUCAGAAAAUGUGACCAAGCUGAUUGGAGCACUGCUCAGGGGCCUUCAGGCGACGGCAAAAAUCACAUACAAGACCAUCCUGCAGGACAACCUGGGAGCCACGCUCACGCUGUGGUCCAGCUGCGGGCGGUCGAGAGGAGGUCGCUACGGGGAGUGGCAGGGGGUCAUCUGCACCGGCGAGACCAACUCUCAGGUCCAGAAGUAUCUGCAGCAGCUGUGGGACACCGUCCUCCUGGUGGCUCUGAUCCUCAGCACAGGAGUCAUCGUUCAGGCUCGCUGGCAGUACCAAGGCCGCCAGCUGAACGACGACUUAGAGCUCCUUCCCAAACAGGACGUUCUGAAGAGGAUGUCAUCCCUGAAGACCAAACGAUACCGUCUGCCCAAACCCUGGUGUGACCCGUCGCAGCUGGCAGAGGCGGAAACCUGCGCCGUCUGUUUGGAGCCUUUUAACAACAACCAGUGUCUGCGGGUGCUGCCGUGUCUUCACGAGUAUCACAGAGACUGUGUCGACCCCUGGCUGCUGCUGCAGCACACCUGUCCUCUGUGCAAGCGCAGCAUCCUCAGCAGCAUCUGCAAAGACAGUUAACAGUCGUUUCAUCUCGGGGAAUCGGUUCACAUCCCGACCUCAGUGACACUUAUUUUUUGUUUUUGGUUAAAGCGACCUCAACACUUCCUCCUUCCAGCUGUGGAUUUGGGAGCAUAAACUUGUCAUCACUGCUGACCGGCCAUCAGAUUUUAACCUCUACAACAUACAGUGGUAGUUUAAAGCAGUACUAUGAAGUUUCCCACUGGUCGUGUUAUCUGUGAACAGAACUUCUUCUUGAGAUCUCGUUACUGUACAACUCGGUGUGUAAACAGCAGCAAAUGCAACUGUUUUUGGAAUCAGUAUGUGUAAAAACUGACAACCUCAGUAUCUGAGUCAGCUGCUGGUGCAAAGGCGUUCAAUGCUUUUAUGUUUUUAGUGUGGAUGUACUGAUCACCUGGUUCACUUUAGGUCAAAAUGAUGUCAGUAACCAACAACCAGGGAGGACUGAAAGUUUAAAAAAUGGUCCUCUUUGGUACUUUGCAGUUCAGUGGUAGUUGUAGAGCUUCUGUAGUCGUAGUGCAGGAGUCAGUGUGUACCAGCUGGUAUCAUGUAGGAAGAAAAACCUCUUUGCACACAUCCUUAAACUCCUCCUUUACCAUUUUAUUUAUUUUUCCCACGAUUCUCCUUUAAUCAUGCUUAGCAUACAUCAGCAGCCAGUUUAGUUUCACCUGCACAAUCAGUGAUACUGAACAGGUAAGAUUGUGUUUGCAGCAUAGAAGGAUAUUUUCCCUUUUUAUGAAGCUCUGUGUAAAGAGUGCUCUCACAGCCGCUACAGUUUUACUUUACAAAUCAUAGAUCUGCUGCAGUGUCUUUUCAGCUCUUAUUCUCCAUUUAAAUGAAUUAUCUUUGGAAAAUGUGUAUUCUGCAGUUUGAUGAGAAGCAUUCCACUCAUGUUUCUAAGAUUAAGAAAAAGAAAAAGAAAUUAAGCCAGACUGAAAUGACAGCAAGUCUGGCUCCAUCCUAAAAAAGCCAGAACACCAGAACCUCGUCAGCUUUAUUGACAGCAGCGCUGCGGUUUGCAUUGUUCUGCAUCAGAAGUGAAACUGAAUCAGCUAAUUUUAAAAAAAGAAAAAUGUUUUAGAUUUUAAAAUGGGCAUGUUUGGAGAAAGAUGCACAAAAAUCAGGUCACUAAAAACAUCACUUUUUUUCUUUAAUAUGAAUAUAUAUGUGUAUGAAGAGCUUGAAUUAUAAGAGCACAAGUCUACUCACUGUGCACUAGGAAGGCCCAUCCUCUUUCCUUACCUGCAGGCUGACAGGUCCACAGUGUCAUUCAUGCUACCUCUUAGACGAUGGACAGACUCCCACUCCAACACCUGCCUGCAGCUGGCAGCAGCA